UAUUUAUUUAUUUUUUAUUUUUUAUUUUUCGUUCUUAUCGAUUUCGGCGAAGCCGCAUUGCGACUAUAGGGUUUGUACUUUGUAGACAGAGCCAACGGUGGCCACUGGUCUGAAGGAGAGAGCACGGUGACGGUCUGCCUGGGGAUCAGGAUCUUCCUUGUGUUUUAGCUUGGAAGCCAGCUAUUGUUGAUGGAAAUUGAUCAUUCCGAUCAGACAGUUCAGCAAGAUGGCUAUAACAUACAUGGUCAUGAUUUGGAGAGGUCUCAAGGAAUUAGAUUGGGAUCCAAUUCAGUGAGCAGUGAGGAGAAGAAUGCCGCUGUUCAUGAUGAGAUUGAACGAGUGAACCGGCUUCCCUCCAACAGCAGCUAUGCCUUGCAUCGAUUGCGGGUGUUGAACAAAAUUUUGAAUCUUAUGUCUGUUCAACAGAGGACUUCACUGCAAGAUGAAGAAUUGGAGUUGCUCUUCGCAAGCCUCUCUCUAUGACUUGAACUUGUUGUGAACGAUGGAUGGUCCAUCUGUGAAAGCUUCAGCGUAAUAUUACCAGAAUCUUGUUUAGAUUUCAAAAUUUUGAUGACACGUGGUGAACUCUGGGAGUAUAGCGUAAGGUUCUUUGUAAUCUUGUGUUGUCAUGAAAAUUCUGUUCUUUCUCUAGUGCACUACUUUGGGGAUGGUUUCUAUUCUAGUUUAUGGCCUUUAGGACAUGCAUAUGUCUAUUAUAAAGAUUUGUAUUACAAGUUUUUUUAGCAAAUUUUAGUUAAAAUGAUUAUGUAACUUGGAGGUAAUUGGUAACAAAAAGUUAUGGAUAUUCAAAUUGA